AUGGAAGCCAACGAAGUGCCCACUUCCCACCACUGUGCUUCUGAUUCUGCCACAGGGGGUGAGACCAGAGCCCCCCCAGGCACUGAGCUUAUCCCCAGGAGAGCUGUCAGUCGCUCUCCAACCUGUGCCCGCUGCCGAAACCACGGCGUCACUGCCCACCUCAAGGGCCACAAGCGCCUGUGCCUCUUUCAGGCUUGCGAGUGUCACAAAUGUGUCCUCAUCUUGGAGCGCCGGAGGGUCAUGGCUGCCCAGGUGGCCUUGCGUAGGCAACAGGAGGCACAGCUAAAGAGGCAUCUGGCUCAGGGACUGAUGAGGAGAGGGGAGGCUCCUCCCAAAGCUCCUAGCCAUGCCAAGAAGGGAGCCACUCGACCAGGGGUCCCCCCUGGAAAGGAGAACAUAGCACCCCCGCCUCAGACACCCCAUGGGGCAGUCCCACUGGCACUGACACCUCCUGGGAAGGAUAACUCCCGGGGGCCUCUGCUGCUCAGCCGUCCCCCAGAAGCCUUGCCUUUGUCCUGGACUCCAGUGCCUCCGGGCUCUUGGGCUCCUGGACACUGGCUGCCUCCAGGCUUUUCCAUGCCACCUCCUGUGGUAUGCCACUUGCUAUGCCAAGAACCUACAGUCCCUCUGCAUCCCUUUCCUGGCUUUGACCCUGGCACUUCCCUCCGGCUGCCCACUCACGGGCCCCUCCCAACCUGCGCAGGAUCUCGUCCGAUACUGACGGCUCCUCUUUCUGGAGAAUCCCAAGGGCCCUCUGCACUGCCCCGCGCAUGCUCUACUCUGAUACUCCAGCCCUGUGGCACCCCAGACCCUCUUCUGCUGCAGCCACAGGCCCCCGGAGCUUCUCGCCUGGCCUGGACCUCUGCCUCCUCAGAGCGGCAGCUGCAGCGUGAGGCAGCUGAGGCUCUUGUGGAUCUGAAAGAUUCUUCCCAGGCUCCCCGCCUGACCUCUUCUGUUCCCCCCAACCCUGCCUGGAUCUCCCUGCUCCACCCCUGUGGCCCACCAGCUCCCGCUGGAGGAAGAGGAUUCCAGCCUGUUGGCCCCUCUCUCCGACCCAGCCCAGCCCCCUCUGUGGCUCUGCAUAUUGGGCGUCUGGGCUCUAUCUCCCUCCUAAGCUAG